CCUAGAAAGUCCUAACUAACUACCUCCAUCUCCACCCCUUUCAAUUUCAAUCAUGGCGAUGCUAUUGAGAAAACUAUGCGAAUCAGCAUCGUUGAAACGAUCCUCCAAUUCAAACAACUCGUCAGAACGCACGCAUCAUCAUCAACACUCUGCUCCUUUAGGUUCAUUCGACUCACUCCCUUCCGACUUACUCAUCAAAAUUCUCCGACUAUUGGGCCCUAAACACUCCGCUAAACUCUCCCUCGUUUGCAAAUCAUGGCGAUCACUCGUCUCCGAUAACGAACUGUGGGCCCAUUUUCUUCAAAUACAACAACCUCAACAUUAUGACUCCAUUCUCUUCUCAGAAACCAACUUAACCUCUUCCUACCGUCUUCCGGUGUUGGUUACUCAGACGCGAUGCUUGUCGUUUCAACAUGUUUAUGCCCAACGGGAACGACUUCCUGCUGCUGUUAUCAUUGACGGUGGUUCUGGCUAUUGCAAAUUUGGUUGGAGCAAACACGAGCGUCCAUUGGACCGAACUGCUACCUUUUUGGAAUUUGGCAAUGUGGAAACGCCGAUAUAUUCUAGGCUUCGACAUUUUUUCGCGACUGUCUAUGGCAGGAUGAAGGUGAAACCAAGUUCUCAAGCAGUUGUUGUUUCUUUACCAAUAUGCCACUAUGAUGAUACUGACUCCGCUAAAGCAUCAAGACAUCAGCUUAAAGAAGCAAUCUGUACUGCUCUGUUUGACAUGAAUGUUCCUUCUGUUUGUGCUCUCAACCAGGCGACUUUAGCUCUGUAUGCUGCAAAACAAACUUCCGGAAUAGCUGUUAAUAUAGGCUUUCAAGUCACGUCUGUAGUUCCAAUUUUAAAUGGUAAAGUGAUGCGAAAGGUGGGUGUGGAGGUAGUGGGGCUAGGAGCACUAAAACUUACAGGAUUUCUUAGAGAGAAAAUGCAACAAAACAACUUACAUUUUGAAUCUUUGUACACUGUUCGCACACUGAAAGAGAAGCUAUGCUAUGUUGCCUUUGACUAUGAAGCCGAGAAAUUGAAAGAUACACAUGCAUCAUUUGAAGCAGUUGAAGGGAGGUUUACACUCUCAGAAGAGCGGUUUCAAACAGGAGAGAUCUUAUUCCAGCCACGUCUUUGUGGGCUGCGAGCAAUGGGUUUGCACCAGGCCAUAGCUCUCUGUAUGGACCACUGUUAUUCUGCAGAAUUAGCAGGCGGCAGUGAUUGGUUUAAGACCAUUGUUUUGUCGGGAGGGUCUGCAUGUUUGCCAGGUUUAGCAGAAAGGUUAGAGAAGGAACUUCAUUCGUUACUUCCUCCUCAUAUGUCGAAUGGAAUCAGAGUCAUCCCUCCUCCACAUGGUGCGGACACUGCAUGGUUUGGUGCAAAGCUUAUUGGCAGUUUGAGCACCUUUCCUGCCCCAUGGUGUACAACAAAGAAGCAGUUUCGCCAGAAGUCUAAACUCAACCGAAAAUGGUGAUUACUUUGACUGAAUCUUCUGUUCUCGAUGAUAAAAUUAUUCUGUAUCUCUGCUUCAUAAUUUCCUUCAAGGGGCAGCAACACCAGAGGAGUGAUUUUAGUUUUACUUUAGUAACAAUACAUUAUGCAUAGCUUUGCUGGCCCUUAACAAGCAUCCAGUUUGUUUAGAAUGAAAAUAAGACAAGAGACUUCAUUAUGUCUCAUACUGUAAUGUAACUGUACCAUGUUAAAAUGUGUUAAUACAGUGUAAGAUCAUAUCCACAAGCAGAAGGAUUUAAUGUAUCAUAAAUACAUACUGACUUGGUACCGCCCAGAAGUAUACAUUUGAAGAGAGCCAAAACUAGAAAAGAAUGUAAUGGCAAAGUGGAAAUGCAAAUAAUAGCGACCAUAUAAGUAAAACUAUAUGUUUAGACCAGCCCAAUUCUCCAAUCUCCGCUCUUAACUCUCCUCGCUGUUUAAUUGUAAACCCCCUCUUUCUCACCAUUUGAAUAGAUGGAGAUUUAACAUGACCCUCAUAUUACAUGAGAGGAUCCACAUUCAUUUUGGACAAGAGCUUCAAUUUUUUUUUUUUUUUUGAUGCUUUAUGAAAUUAGUGGCCAUUUGUUUAACCGUGCCUUCAAAGGAUGGUUUAGGUCUUUAGGAUGAGCUGCUGCAUUAAUUGUUGAGGAAUCUGCUAUUGUUGCUACAAUUUCUUUCAAACUAAUUGUUUGAAUCUAUUUUGUUGAAUUUUA